GCUACGUCGGGUCUGCAGAAUGCCAGAAAUCGCUUCAAGUUCCAGCUUCUAGUAUACUCUCGGAGACAAUCGUUACUUCAUAUAUAGACUGAUAACCCGGGACCAGAAUCUUUCCGAUCGCAAAACGGCUUUGUGCAUGUCAUCUGCUUCAGCCUCUGAAGACGAACUUCGUCGAGAUAUAGCCGUAUACACAUGGAUACUAUCGGGGAUCAAGGGCCCAGGGAUUCCUAUAGUUCCCUCCAAGCAUGUCAAUAGGAAUCUGAGCGCUGCGCAGCAUAUCGUCACACUUCUUACUACUGGAACUUCUCGGACGCCUGAUACAGGGAAUCAGAUUUCGGCCGCGUCUGUGCUUGCGGCGACUGUGGCUCAUUUGCCAAACCGCAACAUUACAAGGGUCGUGUUCACUUGCAAUGCGUAUCUCGAUGAUCCCACCGAGAUUAUACAAGUGAAGGCUGUGACACCUACCUCCAAUGCUCAAGAUGUUCUUGAGAACUGGUACACUCGACCGCCUGGGAAAUACUAUGAAGAUGUUCUAGCCGUACUGAGAGCCUUCAGGGAUGGAACGCUGUCAGGCGUAUACUUGGCUGGAUUCAAAGGACUUGUCUUCCGCCGAGUGUAUCCCAAACUGGCUCUUCGAAUGUCACUCGGCACGAAAAUAUGGGGCACCCAUCCAAUAGACAUUAUCGGUGACUAUCCCGUCGAGAAGUUGCAAAUCUCAUUUCCCUUUACAAUCGAGCUACGUGUGUCAGGGCCAGUUGGACGGCUGAAGAAGCGUUACAAUAUCUGUCAUGACAAGAUCGCUGGAGGCUGGCGUUACCUUGUCACGAAGGAGAAUGUUGGCAUCUGGAUCCGGGCUUUUGUUGAGGCGUACUAUGAGGCUUCAACGGUUCUCACAGCAGCUAUGGUUCCUGGAACAGAGAUUUCCACUCGGAGUGACUUCGUUGCCCUGAUCCUGGGUCUAGAUGUAGUGCAUGCCAUCAUCCGUUCGAAGUUGCUCGAUCAUUUGCUAGUGGAUGAAGGACUUUCGUCGGUGUUGGAUAUUGCAAGACGACGGGCAGAGUUGACUCAGGGUAUUGAAGCCACAGCUGGAAUCUACGUAGCUGAUGAAACGAUGGACAAUACCUAUGACGAUCCUGAUGAGGCUGCAACUAAUACAUAUGCUGAAUUCAAUGAGUCACCUGGGCACCAGCUUCUGCGAUAUCUCAAGACAAUCAUAGCUUGGAAUGCUGCCAUAUGGUCUCUUACCAGGCCAGGUCACCUCCCAUAUGACCUUGAAGCAUACUAUGUUAAUCUGCCCAAGCCUGCUAUUGCACAUUCAGCAAUGUCUGCAUGCUGUAAAACCAUACAACACUCCAUCAUUGAGAGUCUCAAGACUGAGGGUAUGGAUGAUGCUACUGUCUCAGAUCAGUUUGAUAGGCUGGUGCAAAAUAAGAAAAUAGGAGAUGAGAGGGCCAUUACUACAGUCUUGCAUGCAGAGACUGGAUUGAUGUCUCUUGCUUGUCUCCUUCAUUCUGGUUCAUCAUUACUUCAAUCUCAAGACACUCUCCAUCUUGACACCAAUGUUACUCUUGCAUUAUCAGAGGCCUUUUCAACUAUAAUUCUGCCUAUUGGUGUUGAAAAGAAAUGCUGCUGGUGCUGCUGGAAAUUUUAUCAAUUCUGCCAGGAGAUGCAAGCCAAGAAAGCAUAUCCAGAAUUCCAACUUUUAGGAAGUCAUAUGACAAUUUUUCCUUGGUAUCCUCCUCAGCAUGCACCUUCAGAAUUUCUCAAAAGAUUAAGGGAUGAACUGGUAGAAGUGUUGAAAACAGUUCUGAGAAUAUCUAGUUUAGAGACAAGUCACUUCAGCCAGACAUCUGCUGAAAGUCCUGGAGAAUAUGAAUGGGUAGAUAUAGAAGAUGAGGAGAUAGCCAUAAAGUUUCUUACUAGGUCUGUUAAAUAAUGUUAGUACAUGUAGAUUAUUAUUUCUUGCUUUUUUAUAUGCUGUAUAAUUUAUCAAUUCUAUACAGUUGUCAGUAUCUUGCUUUGAAUUAUGUGAUUUUAGAUCAAUAAUACUU